UUCAAUAGCUUCAGUUCGGUGUUGUAUUCAAGUAACAACAUUUGCUCAUUUAAGUUUUAAAAAUCCGCGCAAUUAUUUCUCAAUUCAAAAUGUUAACGUGAAUCUCGUUCAGAAAAACUGCUUCAACUCGACUUCAUUCUGGAUAUUUUUUAGAAUCAAUUUUUUUUUUUUAAUAUGCUUUCUUUGCCAUCGACAUCGUCCGAAGAAUUAGAAGACUUUCACUGUAAAAUUGUGCUCGUUGGAGAUUGUAAAUGUGGCAAAACAGCGCUCAUUCAUCAGUUCGUCAAUGAAGAAUUUUUACAGGUUUAUGCUCCGACAAUUUUUGAAAGAUAUUCAGUAACUUAUCAAGUGACAAAUUAUCGAGUACACUGCACGAUAUGGGACACGUCAGGUACACCUGGUUAUGAUACUGUGCGUCCUUUAGCUUAUCCUGAAACACAUGUAUUCAUUUUAUGUUUUACAAUUAGUGACCCUACAACGCUAGAAAAUAUUGUUACAAAAUGGUAUCCAGAAGUUCGCAGAUACUGCCAAACCACACCAUUAAUAUUGUGUGGGUGCCAAAGUGACUUGAGGAAUGAUUGUGAAACUUUAUCAAAACUUGCCGAAAUUCAAAGGAUACCUGUGUCCGCCGAACAAGGAGUUGCUGUUAGCAGGCAAAUUGGCGCUACUACGUACGUAGAAACAUCGUCAAAAACUUGUCCCAAGGCAAUACAAGACGCAUUUGAAGUAUCGGCACUAGCAGCUUUAGGAAAAUUGAAUAAAAGUUUAUCAUCGAAUCAAAAAUUUUCUUCGAAUAGAUAUAAUGGAACUUGGCAUCGAGCUAAAGUUGAUCUCAACUUUCGCGAUAGAACUAAAAAUUGUGUUGUUAUGUAAUUAAUUCGUACUAUUGAACAAAACUGAAAUUAUACUUGUAUCAUUACAUUUCUGUGUACGAGGUUUCUAACAGAAAUGAACGUCGAAAAUUAUACCUACGAAAUGAUUUCUACAAAGAGCUUUAUAGAAACCUAUUUAUCGCCAAGUAGAAUAAUUUGUGAAAAAAUGACGAAUAAAAGUAAGAUUUCAAAGUUUUAAUACUACCAAAUUUUUUUACUUAUUUUAUUUUUCUGCGAGUUUUUCUGGUCGUCCUCCUUUAAUAAAUGUAAAAAAGAGCUGUUCUUACGAAUUAAAACAAAAAAAGUCAAUUUAUUAAUAAUUGGUGAAAAUACGCUCUAGUGAUAUAUUGCGUAUUUUUUCCAAAUGAGUGAAAGAAAAUCAUAAAAAGGAAACUCCUUCGCGCUGAAAGUAGUAUAACCUCAAUUAUGGUCGAGUUCAUUUUCGUAUUUAAGUUUAAAUAAUUAUAAUUUAACAUAUCUAGGCAUAUGGAAACGAAUAGCACGAAUUAUUAAACAAAUUGACAAGAUAGAAAAAUUUGCUUGCUCAAAUUUCCAUGCCUUUUAUUUCCUGUACCCGAGUAAUCGAUUAUUUUUCGUUGUUGUACCUAUUUUUAAUUUUUAUAUACUUGUAUUUCAUUUUGUAUACCCGUGAGCUAUCUGUGUGACGUGUUUUACCUAUUUUUAAAAUACUUAACAACAGUUAUGACAGAAAUGUAUUGCACAUUGUCAUUAUUGGAUAUAAAUUAAAAUCCAAAAUGAAUUUGUAAAAUUGUUAAAAAUUAAUACGAAUUUUGUGAAUAUUUUUUUACUUGAGAAAUUUUUGAAUACGUUGAUGUUAUGGAAUAUAGAAACUUGUUGUACUUGAAAGUAUUUUUCAUUUCACAGUACUUGAGGUAAUCAGUUUUUUAUACGUACAUUUUGAUGAAUAUUGAUACCACAUGCGGUUUACAUGUAACAAAGAUAAUAACAUUUUUUAUAGAUAAGAGAAUAUUAUCAACACGUAACAUUUCAUUACAAGGGAAUUUAAUAUUUUCAUACUUCGAACUAACGACAAUUUUGCAAUCAAGUAAAAUGUGACAUAGCCAACAUAUGAAAUACCUUCCUUCAUAAUUUCACGAAUGUAAGAAUAUCAACGAAUUUAUAAUUCAAAUUCACCCACCGAGCAAAGACACCGAAAUUCCUUGUUUUAUCUAAAAUACAUUAAACAAUACAUUUACUUCUGAAGAUCAAGUAAAUACUUACAACCGGCAAAACCUUGUACAGUGGAAGAUUUCAUAAUAGCUUCACUAAAAUUACUUAGAGGUAUAAUUUUAUGUACCGGAGCUUUUAAUUUUCCAGUAUGCAUAUAAUUUGCAAGCUCUUCAAACAUACUCUGCCUUUCAGGAGACACUUUAUUUUCUCUCGUCCACCGAGUCAUCCAGUAACCUCUUAAUGAAAUAUUUUUGAAUAUAAACGACGAUGUAGGAAUGGUAACUGGUUCACGGGACAUGCCUCCGUAAGUAACCAAAACACUUUGGUUGCUCAUAUGGCGAACCAUUUCACGAACACUACGUCCUCCGACGCAAUUCAAUCCCAAUUUUGGUUCUGGAACUUUUUUAUCCUUGAAUAAGGUAACACUUCU